AUGCCUCUCGUCAAGACUACCGAAGUGAACGAGGACACUCGUGUCCUUGGAUACGAUCCUCUCCUGCCACCCCAGUACUUGCAGACUGAGAUCCCUGUGCCCGAACGUGCUUUGAAGACAGUUCGCUCCGGCCGCAAUGAAGCCAUCGAGAUCAUUGAGCAGCGCGACGACCGUUUACUGGUCGUCGUCGGUCCUUGCUCCAUUCAUGACCCAGAUACCGCUUUGGAGUACGCUCGUCGCUUAAAGGAGCUCAACGACAAGGUCUCCAAGGAUCUGUGUAUUAUCAUGCGCGCCUACCUGGAAAAGCCCCGCACAACCGUCGGCUGGAAGGGUCUGAUCAACGAUCCUGACCUUGACGAGUCCUUCCAGAUUAACAAGGGUCUGCGCGUCUCCCGUAAACUCUACUACCUGGCUGACCUGAUCUCCCUCGGCGCUAUUGGCGCCCGCACCACCGAGUCCCAGCUCCACCGUGAGCUGGCCUCUGGUCUCUCUUUUCCCAUUGGCUACAAGAACGGUACCGACGGAAACCUCACUGUCGCUAUUGAUGCCAUCGGUGCUGCGGCGCAUCCUCACCGCUUCCUUGGUGUUACCAAGCAGGGUCUUGCGGCUAUUACCAAGACUGCUGGUAACGAGCAUGGUUUCGUGAUUCUGCGUGGUGGAAACAAGGGCACAAACUACGACCGUGAGAGUAUUCGUGGUGCGCGCGAGGCUUUGCGUGGUAAGAAGCAGCGCGAGGUUCUUAUGGUUGACUGUUCCCACGGUAACUCCAAGAAGAACCACCUCAACCAGCCUCUUGUCGCUAAGGAGGUCGCUGAUCAGCUUCGUGAGGGUGAGACUGGUAUCAUUGGUGUUAUGAUUGAGUCCAACAUCUACGAGGGUAACCAGAAGGUUCCUCCUGAGGGUCCUGCUCACCUGCUUAAGGGUGUUAGUAUCACUGAUGCCUGUAUCAACUGGGAGAUGACUGUGGAUGUCAUGAAUGACCUGGCCGAUGGUGUUCGUGCCCGUCGUGCUAUUCAAAAAUCCAAGUCUAAUGGUGCGCAAUAA